ACGAGUUUCAACAAGACCAUUAAAAUAAACAAAGCAGAAAAAAACAACUAUUGCAAGCCUUUGUUUCAAGACUUGAUACUACACAUUAACAUCUAGAUCUAUAGCGCAAUCGAGGUUAUAAAAGAAUUAGUUACACACUUCGAAAUUGAAUGUUAACCUUUAUCGAAACUAGCACUACUACUUGUCCUAAAUUUGAUUUUCUUUUAAGAAUGCAGGAACGCAAUGAAAAGCAAGCAUAUCUACAAGAAACAAACUAAAAAGCGAAAACUCUGGAAUACUUAGACAUCUAGAUCUCACGUUUUGGAUUUAAAACUAAAUAUUUCGACUAGAUUAUAGAUCUAGAUCUAGAAAACAUUUUGCAUGUUCAAUGUGCACUUUAAACUAACGGCUGAAUCACUACAAUGCUACAGUAUAUCGACGAAGACGAAGGUCUAAAUAUUUGAGCUUCUUUUUAACAUUUUAAGUAACUAGACCUAUGAUUCUUUUACCUUUUGUAACAGAAAAUUCUGCUGAUGUAGAAAAUUUAAAUAUAUCUAGAUGACAUCAAGUCACUCUCUAACAACCGCAAUUAGCUUACAAAUGUCCAAUUGGGCCAUUUCUUUUCUAAAGUGAUUUCGAUCUGGUCAACAUCCAAAGUGUAGUGAAAUUAAUAUUAAAGGGAGUCUCAAAAAAUUGAUGGAGUGAUGCCAUUGUUUCACUUUGUUAAAACCGGUUCUGAACUAGACCUUACACGGAUUGAGAGUGGUCUCGCAAGAGCUGACCAGGUCAAGUGAAUCGUUGUCAAUAAAAACCUAGACUUUUGCAGGCAUCUUAACUAGAAACAGACUUAGACUAAAGUCCUCCCGCGCCGUUCCGCGUAUAGGACAGAAAGCUUUUCCCACAGAGUUCGUCUUCGAAGGUCAUCCACCACUCUUAAAAGAUGCCGAAGAAAAAGAUAAGUAUGGUAUCUGUAAGUAGCCAGUCGGAUUUCAGUAGCAGCUUAGCUGACAGUCAGGGGUCUACCAUGUCUACAGUGAGUGUAAAGCAGGAGAAAGCUCCGAAGGGAAGGUUCAAGGCGCUUGUCCAGAAAAUGACACAAGAACAGAAGAAAAAUGACAAAACUGGCGAAGACAAGAAAAUGAAGACAGACAAAGAGACAGACAAAGGGAAAAAACCCGAGGGAAAGCAUGAGACAAAAACAAACGAAAAGAGAAUUGAUGAUAAAAGUUCAACGACUAAGAAAGAGUCAAAAACUGACAAAAGUUCAACGACUAAGAAAGAGUCAAAAACUGACAAAAGUUCAACGACUAAGAAAGAGUCGAACACUGACAAAAAGACAAAAAAUGAUAAAAAUUCAAAGACAAAGAAUGAGGUAGAUCAAGAGAAGAACAGCAAGAAGAAACAAUCCAAGAUUACAAAUCGCAAAAAAGAUAAAAAGACUCCACAAUCAACUAAAGACACGGAUUCAUCAGAUUCACCUGACGACACCGAAGACAUGAGCCCGAGCAAUACAACAGACGCAGGAAAGAACAUCGACAGAAGAAAUUCCAGCUACGACGGGAUAACAAUCUCAAUACGAAAGAAAUAUUUUUUAACCCCAGAGGACAGCGACGAGGAAGAAGACGAGGGCGAUAAAGGAAGGAGGUCCUCCUGGAUUGGUUCCUUCUUUAUCCAGAUGUUCCUCGGCCUAAGGAACAUUCACAACACAGUGGUAAAAAUGUUCCGGUCUAAAUCGAUAGACACCGGAGACGGCGUCGACGCUGUAUCUGAAAGCGUCGUCUCGGCUGGCGCUAAGGAAGUGACGAAAGAAACAGACGAUGCCAGCGUCUCUACGGUAAGCACACGGCGCAAGAAAAAAAAGUCUAAAUUCCGCUGGUUUUGGAGGCGAAAGAAAAAGGGCAAGCUGCGACCUAGGAAGAUCAAGAAGUCCAGAGGUCUGUGGCGACGUUUCACGUGGUUUAAGAGGAAGAAGUCAAGCGUACAGGAACCUGGCAACGUUUUGUCUGCUGCAAUGACCUAAGGCAGGAAACAAAAACUGAUCAAGAAAUCUUCCACGUUGCUUGAUUGUAAAGCCUAUCCACCGGCAACCACGUACACAACAGGCCAGAAGAGCUCUAAAGGACUUCUUUUUCUGGACACUAUACUAUAAGUGAACCCGAAAGACAUUUUGACUUGUGUUACCAGAAGGUCGAAGCAUGUUUUUAUAACUUAAAUACUUUGACAAACUUGAUCUGUACACGGAUAGACGAAAGUGUAAAACCUGAAAUGAAAAUUACCAAGAAGUCCUGAUGCUGACAUUAGGUUAGACUACGAUAUUUAUCAAGUGCUGCAGAUCUUCAAGGGAUUUUACUUGCGAGUUCCAGAAUACUCUUCAGAAAUAAAGAUUUUUCUGUUCUAGAACUGUAUUUUCAAACUGUGGCCAGCGUACCACUAUCGAAGUUCAAGCCAUACUCAUGAUGGCCUUGAUUUUCCCCGAAACAAUGUCUCGAUCUUUCUGGGGUUUUUUUUUCUAGCUUUUAUAUCGCUAGAUUCGUUGAGCAAAAUUUGUGUAGUAUUUAGGGGAUGAAGGCAGGUAUGUUUCUAGCCCUGGACACUUGUGACGACUCUCUUGAGCCGUACCACACGACCUUGCUGCCACAUUUCGGGUUACCUGACCCUGACCACCUGUUUUUAUUCAGAAAUAUUUUAUUUCUUAUAGCAAGCUCUGUGUGUUAUGGUCCAUUAUACUUACCCGCCAGUAGGGCUGUGGGGGGGAGGUGGUAUCUAUGAGAAGGUUUCCGUGUUGCCUUUAGGAGGCACUCAGUAAUUACAGCUCAAGUUGGGAUUCAAACUGGUAACCAAGAGGUUUUGCCACGUAUCCCAUCCCAACAAUACGUGCAGGGCUUAUAAAAACAAUUGUAUUCUAACUUUUGAACCGAGAAUGUGCAGUGCGGUCCUUAAUCUCGUGGCCCGACAAAGUCGACCAGACCUUACGAAAACGUCGAAUUAUUACUUCUUUAAACAGGCGUUUUAUUUUAAGUCUUUUUAACGAGGAAGUGGAACAAAAACAUGACGUUUAGUAGAAAUAAAAUGAAGAUCUAAGCUUUAGCAAGACUGCAAGUAAAUGAAUGAAGGACUACGCAAGUAAAGUAAAUAUACUACGUGUACUAAAGUAACCAAAGUAACUACAGAAAGUAACUUCAGAGCACUGACAUACGACAAUAUGUAUUUCAUAUAGUAUAGUAAUGAACAGAGCACGCAAGAGACUAAUAAAUCAUGUUUAAAAGUUCCACAAACUGCCCACAGCUAGAACAUUCCAAGUGAUCUCUGAUCUUAUUGCCUUCAUGGCUUUGUAGGGGGAGAUGGUGUCUAAGAGAAGGCUACACAGCUAUUCUGCAUUGAAGCUCUCACUUAAACAAGGGGAUUGACUUACAGACUUAAACUAACAACCACAUUCAAUCAUCAAAAAAUUUUCAAAGAAUUUAAAUAUCUAUAUUUAAAAAAAAAGUGAAAUCAGCUACAUUACGUUAAAGAAAAUAUGUAAAUUAUGAAAAGUUGUUUUAUAAGAACGAUAUCUUAACAGUUUAAUUUCUUUUGUAUUUUGUGCCACAAUGUCCAUAACACAGUACAGACUACUCUGCAGCAUUUGUAUUUAAAGAUUGUACUUAACUUACUCAUCGAUUUCAAAUCACACGGUCCAGAUCAUCUUUGUUUAAUAAUUUCCAUUUUAAAAAAUGACCAAACAGAAAGGAUUGACUUAAUACAUCUAUUCUUUUGAAACUCAUCUUUUUACUUGUAUACCUUAUACAUUGUAGACAUAUAUUACUGUUAUAUUUGACAGGUUUGAUGUGCUACAAAUAAAGAUGAUAUAGUA